UAGAGAGAGAGAGAGAGAGAGAGAGAGCGCGUGGGUUUCGCUCGCCUGCUCAUGUCCUCCACUUUGAUCGCUCCCUCUCUCUCCUCCAUUUUCAUCGCUUCUCUCUCUCCUCCUCUUUGUCCCUCUCUCUGUUUCUCUCUCUAACUUUCCCUGCCUAAUCUCUCUCUGUUUCUCUCUCCAACUUUCGCUGCCUUAUCUCUCUGUUUCUUUCUCUUCCCAUCUCUCCCUCUCACUUUCUCUCUCUAAGAUCCUAUACUGUAAAUUCCCACGAGUUUCAGUCUGUAAGUCUUUGAAGCUUACUCAUGUCUCCACACAAUAAAUUCAUGAAACGCAAGCCCAAAAACCAAUGAAUUAUCCCUCUCACCUCUCCCAUCCCGUCACUUUUCUCUUCCUAUCAAUUCUCCUCUUUCAUUUCCAUUCUCCCUCUACAAAUCAACAUAACAUAACCCUAAUUGAUGAUCAGACCUCUCCCUCUAAUGGAGAAGAUCGGGGCUCUCACUCUGAUGGAGGAAUUUCUCAGACAAGAUAUAUUGUUCGCUUUCGGGAGUACAAGAAAGCUAAAGAUCACAAGAAAAUGUUGGAGAAAAAUCUUAAGGAUGGAGGUUGGAAAUGGAUAGAGAGGAAUAACCCUGCAGCGGAUUUUCCAACUGAUUUUGGUCUGGUUUUUGUCGAGGAUUCGGUGAAAUCACAGUUGGUUGAAGAGCUUGGGAAGUUAGGGUUUGUUAAAGAUGUCUCUACAGAGUCAGUAUAUUCACGAAACUUGCUUUUUGAUGGAAGAUAUCAAGGGGGAGCUGAUUAUCACGUUUAUGAAGUCCAGAAGCAACCAGGAAAGAUGUUCACUUCCAUGUCUCAGGAAGAUGACUAUAGUAAUGUGUUUAGCAAUUUUACAUUAAAUUGGAAACGCAAGCUCCUGCUUCAUCGAUCACAAGUUACAUCGAUGUUUGGAGCAGAGAAACUUUGGGCAAAAGGUUAUAAAGGUGGAAAAGUCAAGAUGGCAAUAUUCGAUACAGGCAUCCGAGCCAAUCAUCCGCAUUUCCGUAACAUCAAGGAACGUACAAAUUGGACCAAUGAGGACACUUUGAAUGAUAAUCUUGGACAUGGAACAUUUGUAGCAGGAGUCAUUGCUGGUCAAGAUACAGAGUGUUUGGGUUUUGCUCCUGAUACAGAAAUUUAUGCAUUUCGUGUGUUUACUGAUGCGCAGGUAUCAUACACAUCUUGGUUCCUCGAUGCAUUCAACUAUGCCAUUGCAACUGGUAUAGAUGUACUGAAUUUGAGUAUUGGCGGACCAGAUUACUUGGAUCUUCCAUUUGUUGAAAAGGUCUGGGAGCUUACUGCAAAUAAUAUUAUCAUGGUUUCAGCUAUUGGAAAUGAUGGACCUCUAUAUGGUACUUUGAACAAUCCAGCUGAUCAAAGUGAUGUCAUUGGUGUUGGUGGCAUUGAUUACGAUGAUCAUAUUGCCUCUUUUUCCUCACGUGGCAUGAGUACUUGGGAGCUUCCUCAUGGGUAUGGCCGUGUGAAGCCAGAUAUUGUUGCUUAUGGGCGAGAUAUCAUGGGUUCCAAAAUUAGCACCGGAUGCAAGAGCCUAUCGGGCACCAGUGUUGCGAGCCCUGUGGUAGCAGGGGUAGUUUGCUUGCUUGUUAGUGUCAUUCCUGAAGAAGAUCGUCGAGUAAUUCUAAACCCUGCAAGCAUGAAACAAGCACUGGUUGAGGGAGCUGCGAAACUUUCUGGUCCCCACAUGUUUGAGCAGGGUGCGGGCCGGCUUGACCUGUUGGAAUCAUAUGAAAUCCUGAAGAAUUACCAACCUCGUGCAAGUAUAUUCCCAAGUACUCUUGAUUACACGGAUUGCCCAUACUCCUGGCCCUUCUGUCGCCAGCCACUGUAUGCUCGCGCCAUGCCCGUGAUCUUCAAUGCCACCAUCCUCAAUGGCAUGGGUGUCACAGGGUAUGUUGAAUCCCCACCCACCUGGCACCCCUCUGAUGAGGUUGGCAACCUAUUAAGCAUCCAUUUCAGUUACUCCGAUGUCAUUUGGCCUUGGACUGGUUUUCUGUCUCUGCACAUGCAAGUCAAGGAAGAAGGAGCUAGUUUUUCAGGCAUAAUUGAAGGCAAUGUUACCAUCAUUAUAUACAGCCCUUCAGUGGGAGGAGAGAGAAACCCAUUAGAGAGAGGAGAGAGAAAUUCUCAUAAGAAAAGCACUUGCGUGCUUCAAUUGAAACUAAAGGUGAUCCCUACUCCACCUAGAUGGAGACGGGUGCUAUGGGAUCAAUACCACAGCAUAAAAUAUCCUCCAGGUUAUAUCCCAAGGGACUCUUUGGAUGUUCGAAAUGACAUCCUUGACUGGCAUGGGGAUCAUCCUCAUACAAAUUUCCAUGUCAUGUUCAAUAUGUUGAGAGGUGCUGGAUACUAUGUUGAGAUCCUCGGUUCCCCUCUUACUUGCUUUGAUGCCAGUCGAUAUGGGACUCUCCUUAUGGUGGACUUAGAGGAUGAGUAUUUCCCUGAGGAGAGAGAAAAACUUAGGGAGGAUGUGUUGGUUCGAGGCUUAGGGCUUGCUGUUUUCGGCGAGUGGUAUAAUGUUGAUACCAUGGUGAAGAUGAGGUUCUUUGAUGAUAACACUAGGAGUUGGUGGACCCCUGUCACUGGAGGGGCAAAUAUUCCUGCCAUGAACGAGCUCUUGAAGCCUUUUGGGAUAGCAUUUGGUGAUAGGAUUUUGAACGGCGAUUUCUCGAUUGAUGGCGAACAGAGCCAUUAUGCAUCAGGCACGAAUAUUGUGAGGUUUCCAGCUGGUGGCUUUGUCCAUAGCUUUCGGAUUCAGGAUAAUUCAGAGAGUGGUGCCACUCAGAAUGUGCUGCAGGGCUCUGGUAUGGUCAAGAUGGAAUCUUCCAUCUUAGGCCUUGUGGAAGCAGGGGUUGGUCGAAUCUCAGUAUAUGGGGACUCCAAUUGCCUGGACAGCAGCCACAUGGUAACAAACUGCUACUGGCUCUUGAGAAAAAUACUUGAUUUCACGAGCAGGAAAAUAAAGGACCCAGUUCUCUUCUCAAACUCAGUUAAACUAGCCUCAGCCAUGGAGAAAGAAGAAACCCAAUUGCCAUCUCGGAGAACCGAUGUGAAUUUCUCGAUGUAUUCUUCGGUUGUUGACAAGGAGCUGGUUUGCAGAAAUGAUGCGCCGUUUGAGGUUUGGGGCACCAAGGGUUACGCGUUUCAAAUUACUGGGAGGAAUAGAAGAUUACCAGGAUAUGUGGGCUUGGAUUCUGCUGAUGGCAUUGAUUCAAAUACAAUAAUUUCUGGCUUUGGGAAGAGGUUUAGAAAGCUGGAGGAGCCUGAGACACCAAGUGAUGGUGAUUUGGGUUCAAUAAAAGACGAUGGGAUUCAAGGAGUGAUGGUGGAUGUAAGUAAUGCUUCUUUUCCCAAUCUAAGGAAAAUGGACUUCCUGGGUUUGCUCAACAAGGAUGAGAUUGAUAUUCCCAUUCUUGUUCCUGCAGCCCUUGCCCUCACUGGCCUGAGUUUGUGCCUAAGCUUUUGGAGAAUGAGGCAACGGAGGCGGAGGAGGAGAAAAGGGUCCGGCCGUUUCCCCCCAUCUGUAUAAUUAUUGGUGCAGUCGAUUAAACCUUUUAUCUUGAGAAAAGGUUGUAUAAAUAUGCGUUGAUUAUCCCAUUUUUGACUCUGUAUUGUAAUGAUAUUUAGAGGAGCUUACAGUUCACGAGUGUCUAAUUCUAGUAGAGCCCUUUGUUCUUGGAUUGCCUCCUGGGCUUUGUGGGCUUGGGUAAAUGGGUUGGACAUGAGUUUUGGCCUUUUGGCACAGAAUUUGAUCAUAGGCCGUUGGUAAAA